GGUCUCUGGUCACCCUUUUGUGCCUUUCCCACCGGGUCAUGUGCCGAGUGAUCAGUGAUGCUGAGCCAGCUGACUCUGUCCAGGACAAUGGGACUUCAUCUAACUUCUGGAUAACUCGGCUAGAAAGCAGUUAUGGAUUCUACAUUGGCCUGGGCUUGGCUGUCUUCUCCAGCUUCCUCAUCGGAAGCAGUGUCAUCCUCAAGAAGAAGGGGCUGCUACGGCUGGUGGAGAAGGGAGGCACCAGGGCAGGAGACGGAGGCCAUGGCUACCUAAAGGACUGGCUCUGGUGGUCUGGCUUGUUAACCAUGGGUGGAGGGGAAGCUGCCAACUUUGCUGCCUAUGCCUUUGCUCCUGCAACUAUUGUCACACCUCUGGGGGCUCUGAGCGUGCUCAUAAGUGCCAUCCUCUCUUCUUACUUGCUUGGAGAACGGCUCAACCUGCUGGGAAAGCUGGGCUGCAUGCUGAGCCUCGUGGGCAGCACCGUGAUGGUGAUACAUGCCCCAGAAGACGAGGAGGUCACCACUCUGGAUGAAAUGUCUUCUAAGCUGAAAGAGCCAGGUUUCCUCGCUUAUGCUGCGAUCCUCUUGGCUGUCUGCUUCCUCCUGAUCUUCUACCUCGCACCCCGCUAUGGCCAGAGCAACAUCCUUGUCUACCUCACCAUCUGCUCCGUUAUCGGUGCCUUCUCUGUAUCCUCGGUCAAGGGGCUGGGCAUUGCCAUCAAGGGCUUCUUUGCUGGCCAGCCCGUGCUGCAGCAUCCAUUGACGUGGAUCCUAGUCAUCACGCUGGUGGCAUCCAUCACCACACAAAUAAACUACCUCAAUAAGUCUCUAGACAUUUUCAACACCUCUUUGGUGUUUCCCAUCUACUAUGUGCUCUUCACCACCAUCGUUAUCGCAACUUCCAUCAUCCUCUUUAAGGAGUGGGUCACCAUGACUGUAGUGGGCAUCAUUGGGACAGUUUGUGGCUUCCUUACCAUCAUUCUGGGUGUGUUUUUACUCCAUGCCUUCAAAGACAUGGACAUCAGUUUGGGAAAUCUACCACAAGUCCUCCAGAGUGAACAGCAAGCGCCAGUCACCCGGGACGACAAGAACAUCCUGAUAGAGGUGGACAACUCCAGCAUCACGCCAGAGGAUAAACCCAAAGUAUUCAUGAUCUACACCUAG